UUGGAGUUUCGCCGUUUUUACCCCAGCAGCACCGUGCCUAACUGGCCUAACUCGCUGCUCGUCGCCACUCACGCCAGUGAGUGUACAACGGUCAACACACGGUGGCGUCCAUGGAUAAAUAAUUUUCUUCGUGCAGUGUUUUCAUAACGUCUGCCUGAAUAAGGAACAAAAAACGCGUCUAGAAAGAAUUCGUAAUAAAAUUUAGGCGUUGUACAGGUGUUGGUCGAGAGAAUAAAAGUGAAAACCGAAGUGAAAAUAAAAAAUCCGGGAUCGAAAAUGUCGAAAACGGAGGAAGCCACGGAGACGGCGGAGCCGGCAGAAAAUUCCAACGAUUCGUCUGCGGGUACGGAAUCGUCGAGAGGCGGUGAUUUUGAGACGAAAAUUGAGACGGAUCGUAGCAAAAGAUUCGAGUAUUUGUUGAAACAGACGGAAAUAUUUUCGCACUUUAUGACCAACACUGGGAAAGACAAAGCAGCGAGUCCUCUGAAAGUAAAGCCGGGUAGACCGAAAAAGGCAAUACCAGCGCCAGAAAGUCCUGUACCAAAUAGUAAAUCUGAUAAUUCAGGUGAUCACAGACAUCGAAAAACCGAGCAAGAAGAGGAUGAGGAACUUUUGGCCGAGAGCAACGUGAACGUUGCGCCCACGACGAGAUUCGAAUCUUCGCCGCAUUACAUUAAAAACGGUGAAUUGAGGGAUUACCAAAUUCGGGGUUUGAAUUGGAUGAUUUCGUUGUACGAGAAUGGUAUCAAUGGUAUAUUGGCGGAUGAAAUGGGUUUAGGAAAAACUUUACAGACUAUAUCGCUUUUGGGCUACAUGAAACACUUCAGGAGUAUCCCGGGUCCGCACAUUGUCAUUGUGCCAAAAUCCACUCUGGCCAAUUGGAUGAAUGAAUUUGGCAAAUGGUGUCCUUCUCUCAGAGCGGUAUGUCUGAUCGGCGAUGCCGAAACACGAAAUACCUUUAUCAGGGAUGUUAUGAUGCCGGGCGAAUGGGACGUCUGCGUUACUUCAUACGAAAUGGUGAUAAAAGAGAAAUCUGUCUUCAAAAAAUUCAACUGGAGAUACAUGGUGAUCGACGAAGCUCAUAGAAUUAAAAAUGAAAAAUCCAAGCUUUCGGAAAUCCUGCGAGAAUUCAAAACGGCCAAUAGGCUUCUACUGACGGGUACUCCGUUGCAAAACAAUCUUCACGAACUUUGGUCUCUCUUGAAUUUCCUACUGCCGGAUGUUUUUAACAGCUCCGACGAUUUUGACUCUUGGUUCAACACCAACAGCUUUCUAGGAGACAAUUCUCUGGUGGAAAGAUUGCACGCGGUUCUAAGACCUUUCCUUUUGAGACGUCUCAAAUCAGAAGUGGAAAAAGGACUUAAACCAAAGAAAGAAAUAAAGGUUUACAUCGGAUUGAGUAAAAUGCAGAGAGAAUGGUACACCAAAGUUUUGAUGAAGGACAUUGACAUAGUUAACGGGGCAGGUAAAAUCGAGAAAAUGAGACUCCAAAAUAUUCUUAUGCAGCUGCGCAAAUGUUGCAACCAUCCGUACUUGUUUGACGGGGCUGAGCCAGGCCCGCCGUACACUACCGACGAGCAUCUGGUCUACAAUUGCGGGAAAAUGGUGAUUCUCGACAAAUUAUUGCCGAAAUUGCAGCAACAAGACUCUCGAGUUCUGAUAUUCAGUCAAAUGACCCGUCAACUCGACAUUCUCGAGGAUUAUUGUCACUGGAGAAACUUUGCUUAUUGCCGUUUGGACGGUAACACGGCUCACGAGGAUCGUCAACGUCAGAUCAACGAGUUCAAUGCACCGGGGAGCGAGAAAUUCAUUUUCAUGCUGUCGACUCGAGCGGGUGGUCUCGGUAUAAACUUAGCGACUGCCGAUGUCGUAAUAAUCUUUGAUUCCGAUUGGAAUCCCCAGAUGGAUCUUCAAGCUAUGGAUCGUGCUCAUCGGAUCGGACAACAGAAGCAAGUGCGCGUUUUUCGUUUUAUAACGGAGAACACGGUGGAGGAGAAAAUAGUUGAACGCGCAGAAGUGAAACUUCGUCUGGAUAAAUUGGUUAUUCAACAGGGUAGAUUGGUAGACGCGAAGCAACAAGCCCUGAACAAAGAUGAGAUGCUGAAUAUGAUAAGGCACGGGGCGAACGAGGUGUUCGCAUCCAAGGACAGCGCGAUCACGGACGAGGAUAUCGAUACGAUAUUACAGAAGGGAGAAAUGAAGACCGAAGAAAUGAAACAAAAGUUGGAGACGCUUGGAGAAUCUUCGCUUCGUAAUUUCACGGUGGAUGCUCCGACCGACUCGGUCUAUCAAUUCGAGGGUGAGGAUUAUCGAGAGAAACAGAAGAUCCUCGGUAUCGGAAGCUGGAUCGAACCACCGAAACGCGAGCGGAAAGCUAAUUACGCGGUUGACGCUUAUUUCCGCGAGGCACUCAGAGUCUCCGAGCCAAAAGCCCCGAAAGCACCGAGACCCCCGAAACAACCGAUUGUCCAAGACUUUCAAUUCUUUCCCCCGCGACUGUUCGAGCUUUUGGAUCAAGAGAUUUACUACUUUCGACAAACGGUCGGUUACAAAGUCCCGAAAAAUCCGGAAUUAGGCUCGGACGCGGCGAGGAUACAGAAGGAGGAACAGCGAAAAAUCGACGACGCUCAACCCCUGACCGACGAGGAAGUCGUUGAAAAAGAAAAGCUCCUUACCCAGGGCUUUACCAAUUGGACCAAGAGAGAUUUCAAUCAGUUCAUCAAAGCGAACGAGAAAUACGGUCGCGACGAUAUCGAGAACAUUGCCAAGGACGUCGAGGGUAAAACUCCCGAAGAAGUUAUGGAAUAUUCGGCGGUUUUCUGGGAACGCUGUCACGAGCUCCAGGAUAUUGAUCGUGUUAUGGCGCAGAUCGAACGCGGCGAAGCUAAAAUUCAACGACGAGCCGGUAUAAAAAAAGCUCUCGAUGCCAAAAUGGCGCGAUACCGAGCACCCUUUCAUCAGCUCCGAAUCGCUUACGGUACCAACAAGGGCAAAAAUUAUACCGAAGAGGAGGAUCGAUUUCUCGUUUGCAUGUUGCACAAACUUGGUUUCGACAAGGAAAACGUUUACGAGGAACUCAGGGCCACCGUCAGAUCUGCACCGCAAUUUCGUUUCGAUUGGUUCGUCAAAUCCAGAACUGCCCUCGAACUUCAACGUCGCUGCAACACCCUUAUCACCCUCAUUGAGAGAGAAAAUCAGGAACUGGAGGAACGCGAGAGACAAGAAAGGCGAAAGAAAGGCGGUGGUAGCAUCGGCUCCAAACCCGCAUCCAAACGAAAAACUGAAAAUUUGCCUGCCCCUCAGGACAAACCUCGAAAAAAGAAAAAGUGAAUCACCCGACCGUCAUAACUUGAACAUUUCUUUUUUUUUCUCUCAACUUCUCUCAACACCGUUCAAUUGGCAAUCCUUUUCUCGGUUCAUAUAUAUAUAUAUAUAUAUAUUUUUUUUUUAUUCCUUUCUCAUACCACAUUUGUCUUUAUUAUGCUUAAAUUGAAAAAUUUUUACUAAAGAUCUUCAUCUCAUUCCAGCCCAUGAACUUUUCACGAUUUUCCGUAUGCAUCGUCAUCGCGACAUAGGAAAACUGCGAAAUCCAUGCAAACACGUUUUCUUUCCUCCGGUAUAUGUUGUUAUACAGAUUGCGCUGUCGCAAGAGAAGAAAAAAAAAUCUGGAGAAUGUAUUUGCACAUCAGGUUUUAUCCUCAAAUUUAUAUGUUCCCCUGUUUUGACAUCAUUCGUGAUUCUAACUUUGUGACAUUGCGAAGAAAUUUCAACGUCCUUUCGGAUCAUCAUGAUAGUAUUUAUGUAAUGUACAAUAAUUGGUAAUAAAACUCAAACAAAAACGUCA